AGACAUCAAAGAAUCCAUUCGGGAGAAAAACCGUAUAAAUGCCUGGAAUGUGGAAAUAGUUUCAGUCAGAGGGGAAGCCUUUAUAUACAUCAAAGCAUCCAUUCAGGAGAGAAAUCGUAUACAUGCCUGGAGUGUGGAAAGAGAUUCAGUUGUAGGGGAACCCUUUAUAGACAUCAAAGAAUCCAUUCAGGAGAGAAGCCGUAUAAAUGCCUGGAUUGUGGAAAGAGCUUCACUCAGAGAGCACAUAUCAGUCAACAUCAAAGAAUCCACUCCGGAGAGAAACCCUAUGAAUGCCCGGAGUGCGGAAAGAGCUUCAGUCUGAAGGGAAACCUUUAUGCACAUCAAAGAAUCCAUACAGGAGAGAAAUCACAUAAAUGCCUGGAGUGCGAAAAGAGUUUCAGUCGCAGGGGAAGCCUUUAUAGACAUCAAAGAAUCCACUCGGGAGAGAAACCAUAUAAAUGCCUGGACUGUGGGAAGAGUUUCAUUACAAAUGAACAUCUGAAACACCAUCAAAGAAUCCAUACAGGAGAGAGGCCUUAUAACUGCCUGGAGUGUGGAAAGAGUUUCAAUCUGAAGGGAAGCCUUCUUAGACAUCAAAUAAUGCAUUCAGGAGAUAAACCAUAUAAAUGCCUGGACUGUGGGAAGAGUUUCAUUACAAAUGAACAUCUGAAACACCAUCAAAGAAUCCAUACAGGAGAGAGGCCUUAUAACUGCCUGGAGUGUGGAAAGAGUUUCAAUCUGAAGGGAAGCCUUCUUAGACAUCAAAUAAUGCAUUCAGGAGAUAAACCAUAUAAAUGCCUGGAGUGCGGGAAAAGUUUCAGUCUGAAGGGAAGCCUUCUUAGACAUCAAAUAAUGCAUUCAGGAGAAAAACCAUAUAAAUGCCUGGAGAAAGAGUGGAAGAGUUUCAGUCAGAGAGGACAUCUCAGGAUACAUCAAAGAAUCCAUUCAGGAGCGAAACCAUAUAAAUGCCUGGAGUGUGGAAAGAAUUUCAGUCUGAGGGGAAACCUUUAUACACAUCAAAGACUCUGUUCAGGAGAGAAACCAUAUAAGUUCCUGGAGAGUGGAAGAAGCUUCAGUGAGAGUGGAAGCCUUUAUUCACAUCAAAGGAUCCAUUCAGGAGGGAAACUCUAUAAACUCCUGGAGUGUGGAAAAGGUUUUACUAACAGUGGACAUCUCAGUCAGCAUCAUAGAAUCCACACAGGAAAGAAACCCUAUAAAUGCAUAGAAUGUGGGAAAAGCUUGAGACAGACUGAAUAUCUCAAAAUAUGUCAAAGAGUUCACACCAGAAAAAAACUUAAAAAUCCCUGGAGUGUGGAAAGAGCUUUGUUGAUUGUGGAGGUCUCAAAAACCAUCAAAGACUUCACAGAGGAGAGAAAUUCUGUCCAUGCAGGGAGUGUGGAAAAAGGUUCUGAUUAUGGAUAUCUCAAUGAACAUCAUAGAAUCCACACAGGAGAAAAACUAUAUAAAUAUCUGGAAUGUGAAAAGAGCUUUUAUCACAACAUAGAAAAAUGCACACAGAAGAGAAGUUACAUAGAUGAAUGAGUUUGGAAAGAGAUUUAGAAUUAAUGAAAAUCUGAGGAAACAAAAACAAUUCUCACAGGAGAGAAAACAAAUGAAAGCGUGGAUUGUUGAAAAACCUUCAUUCAGAAGGGAAAAGGGUGAACAUGAAAGAAAUUAAUGAAAUAAUUAACACAGGAGAGGAAACAUAAGAUGUUUGGAGUAGGAACUGAGAUUCAGUGGGAGCUAGUUUUACUUUGUAUCAAAGAAUUAACAUGAAGGAAAAUAAUAAUUGAAUUUCUACUUUGAA